UGUGCAUCCAUGCAGGGAUACGGCAUGAUCACUCUAGCGUCCACUCUGCCGGCGGAAAGCUCUUUGCCGGUUGGCGACAUCCAUUCGUCUUCGGGCCCUUCGUCACUACAAGUGGCCUUCUUCUAUGCCUCGCUCUACAUAAUCGCCCUUGCGCAGGGUGCCGACAAGCCAUGCGCCUUGGCCUUCGCAGCCGACCAAUUUGAUGCCGAGCACCCCAGAGAGCGUGCAUCCCGUAGCUCCCUCUUUAAUUGGUGGUUCUUCUCGAUGGCUGUCGGCAUCUCCAUCGCUGUUGCCGUCGUCAGCUACAUCCAGGAGAACGUCGGUUGGGGAAUCGGCUUUGGCAUGCUUUGUGCCAUCAUGAUUUGUACCUUCAUCGUAUUCCUCUCUGGCACCCCUACCUAUCGCUUCUGCGCGCCCACCAUCGACGCCGAGAGCCCCUUCGCCCGCCUCGGCCGCAGCCUUACCACGCUCGUCAAAAGCUCGAGCUUCGCCUUAUGUAGGAAAGGACACCAAGACAAGGAUACCGCGGCCAACUCCGAGGAGGCGCGCAGCAUGCUCCGACUCCUGCCGAUCUGGGCGGCGUGCCUGGCGUAUGGUGUUGUGUACGCGCAAAUCAUGACGCUAUUCAACAAGCAGGGCCGCACCUUGGAUCGCCGCGUCUUCGGAGGCCUUGAGCUGCCGCCGGCCGCACUUCGGACACUGGGGCCGGCGAGCAUCCUUUUGUUUGUCCCCAUAUACGACCGUUUGUUGGUGCCGGCACUCGGGCGCGUGACAGGCAAGCCAUCGGGGUUGACGCUGCUGCAGCGCAUGGGCGCGGGCAUGGCGGUGUCAAUGGGCGCGAUCAUGGGCAUCGGCGGCUUCAUCAGCAGCGCCCUCAUCUCGGUCAUCGACGGCGUCACCCGGAGUGGAGGUGGCGACGGCUGGUUCGCCGACAACCUCAACCACGCCCACCUCGACUACUUCUAUUGGCUGCUCGCCGGUCUCUCGGCCGCUGAGCUCGUGCUCUUCCUUUGGCUCGCCAGCUCCUACACCUACAACAACAGCCACAAGAGGAUUCAGCACUGAGUGAUCACCGGGACCAUUCGAGGUUGUGUAAAAGAAAUGGUCCACAAUGUUAAGUAGGUA